CUGAAAACAAGCAUUUUUCCUGUUCUUUGUUCACAAAAAUCUCAAGAAUGGAAGCAUAUAUUGACUUGAAAAUUUGCAUGGUUCAUCAUUAUAGUUUUUCCAAAGAUGUACAAUUUUUAUUAAUUAGUUUUUUCUUUUAGUUUUUCUUAUUUUGGGAAUUUAGUGUGAUGAUGUCAUCUUUGAAGAGAAGCAUCAACCAGCGUAAUUAAAAAUUCCAACAUAUUGAGAUUAACAACAUGAAUUCAAAUCAGUUGGGGUUUUAUUUAAAUUCCUUAUAGUUUUUGUGCAAAUUGUGAAGAGAAAUUGUGUGAUGUCACAGAAUUUGAGCUCAAUAACGGCGGUUUCAUUUGAAAAUUAGUUGAACUGGUCUCUCCCCAGAAUGCGCUACCGUUUCAUUACCCCCACCGCGGUAACUGAGUAGCCACCACCUGUGGUGAUGAACACGCCUUCCACCUACUACGUCAUCCGUAAUGAAUCGCCUUUUAGAUAGAAUGGGAUUUGUUUUAUUUGUUAUAAAUAAGAUAACCUACAGCAAAGGCCUGUAACUUAUCCAUGUUCCAAUAUUCGAGUGCUCUUGGCAUGAUUGUUUCUGCUUCUGCUAUCAUAGACAAUAUAGUAUAAGACUCUGUGAUUUCUUUAUUACAUGGUAUUGUCAUUUAUGCUAUGUAAAACAAGCACAGCCUUCGUGUAAGUUUUAUUGUUUCCAAGAUUAGGUGAUAAUUUAUUUUCUUCAUCUUCGGUUUUUGUUAUGAAUGUUGCUUAUUCUACUGUGAUUUGUAAAAAAUGGAAGAAACAUCACGAAGCAAACGUCGCUAUUCAACCAAAGGAAGAAAAUUGCUUCUCAGUGCAAAACCGCUCAAACGAAGAGGAACAGCAUUGAAACAAUAUUGGGCUUUAAAAAGGACCAAAUUACAGAAUGUCCAAGCACAGACUGAAGCCAAUGAUGAUUCCAACAAUCCCUCAACAAUAAUGCCCACGGAAUUUGUCGAGGAAGAGCAUACAGAAAGCAAUGUCAUUUUCAGCACCACUUCACACAUCAUUGCAGAAGAAAGGAAUACACCACAGUCAUCUCAAAAAACUAUUGCCAAAUUAUCUCCUGUUUACAAAACGUUGGAUCCGGUUAUUGCUUCUACUUCUAAAAGUAUUCCAUUGCAUCAAACAACUUGCAUAUCUCCUAAGACUUCAGAACCAGUUGCUUCUACUUCUGAAGGCAUAUCAUCACAUCCACCAACUAGCCCAACUCCUAAAACUUCAGUGCCAGUAGCUUCUACUUCUGAAGGCAUAUCAUCACAUCCACCAACUAGCACAACUCCUAAAACUUCAGUGCCAGUAGCUUCUACUCGUAAAGGGAUCACACUGCCUCAAGCAACUAGCACAUCUCCUAUUCCUGUGACAUCAUCUUCAUUGAUGUUAGAAGGUAGACGAAUAGUGGACGUACAUUCAUUCAUUGCUCAAAUUCAGAAAAUUGAUGACCACACACCAUUUCAUUGCAGUUUCAAGGAUAUGACUGUAAUAAAAGAAUGUAGAAAAGGUUUGAACUCUUGUAUCACACUCAAGUGUAAGAUGUGUAAUAUAGAAAAAUCUCUUUGGACAAAUGCCUCGAAUGAGAAAACCAUGGAUGUGAAUACAUCAGCAGUUUCUGGUACAAUCAGCACAGGAGGAGGUCAUUCCCAGCUGGAAGAGGUUUUGUCAUGCUUAGACAUUCCUUGCAUGUCUUACAAUACAUUUCGCAAGUAUCAUGACCGAGUAGCUGAUGCCUGGAAGGAAACUACUACUCCUGGAAGGAAUCAUUACUUCAAUAAUAUUUCACUAUUACCAAACAAACUCUACUUGUGA